CUGAUGCAGAAUAUAUCAGAAGUAACUGAAUUUAUUCUUGUGGGGUUAACUGAUGCCGAAGAGCUGCAGGUCCCUUUAUUUAUCAUCUUCACUUUGAUUUAUUUGACUACAUUGGUUGGGAACCUUGGGAUGAUUGUGUUGAUUCUCCUGGACUCCCGACUCCACACUCCCAUGUACUUUUUCCUCAGUAACCUCUCCCUGGUGGACUGUGUUUAUGCCUCAGCUGUCACUCCCAAGGUAAUAGAAGAGUUUCUCACAGAAAGUAAGAUCAUAUCUUACAAUGCAUGUGCUUCCCAGAUGUUCUUCUUUGCAGCUUUUGCUACUAUUGAAAGUUUCAUCCUGGCCGCAAUGGCCUUUGACCGUUAUGCAGCAGUGUGCAGACCCUUGCAUUAUUCCACCACCAUGACAACUACAAUAUGUGCCCUGCUUAUUGCUGGUUCUUAUGUCAGUGGACUCUCACAGUCUUCCAUCCAUGUUUCCUUCACUUUUCAUCUCUCCUUCUGUCAUUCCAAUGUGGUGAAUCACUUUUUCUGUGAUAUUCCCCCACUGUUAGCUCUUUCUUGCUCUAAUACUUACAUAAAUGAAAUUAUACUCUUCAUGUUGGCAGCAUUCAAUGUUGCUUUUACUCUAUUGGUUAUAUUGACUUCUUACCUACUUAUUUUUGUUGCAAUUCUGAGGAUGAACUCAACUGAGGGUCAAAGGAAGGCCUUCUCUACCUGUGCAUCCCACCUCACCACGGUUUCCAUAUUCUAUGGCACAAUCAUCUUCAUGUACUUACAGCCCAGCUCCAGUCACUCUAUGGAUACUGACAAAAUGGCGUCCGUGUUCUACACCAUGGUCAUCCCUAUGCUGAACCCUCUUGUUUACAGCCUGCGGAACAAAGAAGUACAGAAUGCGUUCAAGAAGGUUUCUGUAAAAGCUUUUUCUUCACUGGGAUUAUUGAAUUAA